UCUUUGUGCCUUUGCGGGAAGCGGUGGGAGGGGCCCCCCACCCUACCCCACCCCAGGCCCGCUCCUCGGCCCGAAGAUGCUGCCCCUGAAGAAGUACUUCACCGAGGGGCUAAUCCAGUUCACCAUCCUGCUGAGCCUGAUGGGCGUGCGGCUGGACGUCGACUCGUACCUGAACGCGCAGCUGCCCCCGCUGCGGGAGAUCAUCCUGGGCCAGAGCUCGGCCUACACCCAGACCCAGUUCCACAACUGGCGCAACAGCCUGGGCGGCUACGACCUUCACCCCAAGAGCGUGGACUUGGACUACUACUUCACGGCGCGCCGGCUGCUGCUCAACGACGUCCGCGGCCUCGACCGGCUGCUGGUGCCCAGCACCGAGCUCAGUGCCUGGCUGGUCCACGGCGGCCGGGAGGCCGACAGCUCGGUGGCGGCCUCGCAGCCCGCCCUGCCCUUGGACAACCCGGGCAGCGUGAGUGAGGCGGCGGUGGCCGAGAGCAGCGGCAGGGACAAUGGCUCGCCCGCCGAGCAGCUGGAGGAGCCCCUGGGGGCUGUUGGAUUGCCCAUCAGCAGCGAGCUGACCAAGGAGGACAUUGAUCUGAUCGAUGUCCUAUGGAGACAGGACAUCGAUCUGGGCGCUGGGAGAGAGGUGUUCGACUACAGCUACAGGCAGAAGGAGAGCGAGCACGGGGAGGAAGAGGAGAGGAAGAGGAGUGACGAAGAGAGCGGAAACGGGAGGGACGGUUUGCUGCAGAGCGCCGUGGCGGUGGACGGGGAGACCGGAGAACGCCUUCCUGUUCAGGUGCCGGACGUGGUGGAGCAGGUGUCUUCCUUUGAGGAAUGCCUGAGACUACUGGAGGAGACGUUCCCUUUCGCCGCCGAUUCUCAGUUUCCAGCUGCCGUGUCCUCGGAGCUGAAUGAAGCUUUAGAUAGUGCUCUGUCCAGUACCAGUGAGAGCCCGGCCACAUCCUCACAGACCACCCUCCUGUCUCCUCUGCGGCCGUCGGAGACUCCCUUAGACCUGGAGCAGCAGUGGCAGGACCUCAUGUCCCUGAUGGAACUCCAGGAUAUGGAAGUGGCCAACAGAGGGGCUUCAUUCAGCGACGAUGCCGGUGGAGGGAUUUCUGACUUGUCCGUCGGCUACGACCAGCCGCCGGCCACCGCCAUCAAUCACGACGUGAGCCUUCACGACGCCACCUUGCCCUCGUGCGGCCAGGACUUCCAGCCCUUCUUCAACCCCAACCUGGAGAACCCUUCCACGGGCGACGGCCCGGCCCCCGGCCUGCGGCGGCUGGCCUCCACCAACUCCACCAGCUUCGACGCUGCCUUCGGCUGCACCAACUUCACCGGGCUGCUGUUCCCGCAGGCCGCCAAUGGCACCGGCAACGAGACGGGCCCCUCGGCGAUGCCCGACUCGCUAUCCAGCCUGCUGGACGAGGCCAUGCUGGACGAGAUCAGCCUCAUGGACCUGGCCAUGGAGGAAGGCUUCGGCCCGAUGGCCUCUCAGAUCGAAGAAGAGCUUGACUCCGACUCCGGCCUCUCCCUCGACUCGAGCCAGAGCCCGGCGUCCCCCAGCAGCUCGGAGUCGUCCUCCUCGUCCUCCUCCUCCUCCUCCUCCAGCUCCGCCUCCUCCCUGUCCUUCUCCGAGGAAGGGGCGGUGGGGUACAGCACUGACUCGGAGGCUGCAGACUCGGAAGAGGGGGAAGGCGCGGUCGGUGGCUACCGGCCCGAGUUCAGCAAGUUCUGUCGGAUGAGCUACCAGAAUCCGAGCUUCUUCCACUCCCUGCCGCACCUGGACCCGGUCAACCACAACCACACUUACAACCUGCCCCCCAGAGCCUCCGUCUCCGGGCACCGGCCGCACCCCAGCCCGGGGAAGAAAGCGGCCCUGAAGGAGGGUCACCCGAGCCGCAUCGACCUGCACCUGGGCCGCGACGAGCGCCGGGCUCGCGUGCUGAAGAUCCCCUUCUCCAACGACAAGAUCAUCAACCUGCCGGUCGACGAGUUCAACGAGCUGCUCUCCAAGUACCAGCUGACGGAGGCGCAGCUCACUCUGAUCCGGGACAUCCGCCGCCGCGGCAAGAACAAGCUGGCGGCCCAGAACUGCCGGAAGCGGAAGCUGGACACCAUCCUGAACCUGGACCAGGACGUGGAACACCUGAAGAGGCAGCGGGCCCGGCUGCUGAAGGAGAACGGGGAGUUCGCCCGGUCGCUGAGGCAGGUGAAGCAGAAGCUGCAGGAGCUCUACCACGAGGUCUUCGCCCGCCUCCGCGACGAGGAGGGCCGGCCCUACUCCCCCAGCCAGUACUCCCUGCAGUACGGCAGCGACGGGAGCAUGCUGGUCAUGCCCAGGGCUCUGACCGCUCAGCAGGGGAAGCCGGAGAAAAAGAACGGCAAGAAGAAGUGAGGCGGGCGGCCGUCUCCGCUCGGACUGAACUUGGUGGUGGGGUCGGGGGGCGGGGGGAGAGAGAUUGAGCUGGGGAGGGAGACAAAAGCUCGCUGAAAGGCAGUAUUGCUUGCUUUUAAAAACACACACACACACACACACACACACACACACACACACACACAGCAAUUUGCACCUUUUUUGUUUUGGAAAAAAAACCCUAGCAACUGCAGGACAGUUAAAGAUGGUUAAAAAAUAGUCCCCAGAAGGGUUGGUGAUAAAGCUUUAUAUAUGUGUUGAAUUGAUGGUUUGCGUUGGCCCACGGCUAAGAGUGUUCACAUAGCCUAACCUGUCCCUAGAUUGAGCAGCGUGUGUGUGUGUGUGUGUGUGUGUGUGUGUGUGUGUGUGUGUGGGCGUGUGGUGGUUUGGGGAGGUGGGAGAUUGUGGUUACAGCUUACCGGGGGGCGGGGGGGUCGCGGCGGUGCAGAUUUCCUUGUUAUUUGGUAAUAUUGAAGUCGUGCAGGACAGGAAGAGCUCGAAUACACAAAUACGAGCCACCUGCACCGUACACAGCCCCUACCUGACUAGUUCCCCCUCGUAGACAAGUAACAUUUAUCCUUUAUCGCGGCCAGGCCGCCGAGCGGAACGGGCGCGCGGGGAAAGGGGUGGGGUGGGUCGCGUCGGAAUUCCGGGCCCCCCUCCCCCCGUGGAACGCGCCGGUUUUCCGCCGGGCGCUCCACUUUCCCCUCCCUCGGUACCAAAGGUGACCCGGUUAGUAGGUUGGUCGGCCACCGUGAGCUGUCCCCGCAAUCAGGUUAGGGUGGGUCGUUGCUGGGCGCGGGUAAAUAGCUGCGCCCGGGGUCAGGGUUCCUGGCGGAGGUCGGCAAGGUACGGGCUGUACCGCAGGCCUGACUGUACAGUCCCCUCUGAGCCCGGUCCAGCCGGAGAACGCUGGUGACCUUCGGCUGGUCGGAGGGCGAAUGAUUCCGGUGCACCUAACCUCUGUGUUGGAUUUCCCUUGUCUGGGUGAGCGGUGCGUGGUGGGGAAGGGGACUUGCGACUGAAUUGCCCGGUUCUAUUUACUUAGCUCGGCGGUCGGCUCCUGUGAUUCGGUUUUACUUCCCAUUGUGCGUGCGCCCGGUCGCGCGUCAGUGCGAGAGUCUGACCAGCCGAUCGCCUGGCACGAGAGCAAGUGGACGUGGUCAAGAGGUUCGGCUGUAGUUCGGGCCGGCCGAUCAGAGACAGGGUGAUCGAAGUGGCUCCGACCGCGGAACGAUUGUUGGUGCCAGACGGGGUGGUCCGAGUAUCCCAGACGCUGCUGGGAUUUUGGAGUUUGUCGAGACUAGAGUUUGUGGAGAAUAGGGCAGAACAUGAAGGCACCCAGCGAGCGGCCGUUCUGUGGGAGAAGUGGCCUUGUUGAUGAGAGAAGUCGGAGGAGAAUGGCCAGACUCUGGGUUUAAGCUGACAGGAAGGCGACAGUGACUCAGGUCACCGCGAACUACAAGGGCGGGGUGUGUGUAGAAGCAUCUCUAACCUUGAA